GACACCCAGAAUUAUCUUCCCUCUUUCUCAAUUCAUCUCAACAUGACAAUUUUUUUGGCUACUUCCCAAAAACCGAAUAUGUCUGAAUCAUCCAUACACAAAUGCGCCGUGGCAAUUUCCAUUUUCGCGUUUGCACUUCUUUUCGCUUUCGUUUUCCUCGUUGUUUUCAUCGCGACGGAUAUCAUUCAUAUUCCAUACGUUUCUCAUGGUUUGGAUUCAAUUUUCUCCUGGGCGAAUGUGAUCCUAUCGCCAUUCUACCCAUUCUGGGCUCCUCUAACGCUUGGUGUCGCCAUCAAGAUCUAUCGACACAAGGCAUUCCCAAAGCAAGGACAAUGGAUCACCACAUCUAUUCUGAUUUGCACAUCACAUCUUGGACGAGUAAUUGUGGAUACUAUGCAGGCGUUGGGGUUUUUUGAUAAGGUCUGCAGCUUGAGAAGUUGCUGGCAUGAAUAUAUUCAAAUGUGUUUGGUUGCAGUUGUAAUUCUAGGCGAGGCCGUUGGAUUACCAUGGGAUGGAAAUAUUGUGCAGGCAUUUGUAAACAAAUUGGCGGUCGAGUCGGAGGAUCAGGCAGCGAAAGAGACAGCUAUUAAUGACCAGGAUGGGAUGGAAAAGGGUCUGGUUGAUCAACCUACAGAGGAAGUUACGUGCUUGGACAAUGAAAGUCCGGAGCUACAUGGGAAGCAGAUGUCUGUUGGGACCAUUGAGCUUCAUGAAAAUGAGGCCGUUGAGUUGCCCGUGGAUGAGGCGUUGACAAAGAACGAUGAAGGAACGAAAUAGGCUCGUGAUACGAGAUCUAUUCAUGUUUGGUCAUAAUACAGGCCACUUGGAAGUAAAUCCGAAUGCAGCUGGUGUUGGGGAUUAUUCGAGGAAAAUUGAUGGUUGUAGUAUCAAGCAGUGAUUUAUCAACUCUAGCUCAUUAUUAAAUUGGGCCUUUCUCGUAUAUCACAAAUUGAUCACAGACAAAAAUAUAAAAGCAUUCCAAGCUAUUCACGGAACUUUGCACUUUAAUGUCGACUGAGAUUUUCGGCUUCGACUGAAGUCAAAUUUCAUUUGUUAGCAAAACAAAUCAUUUCGAAGUA